AUGUGCGGCGGCGUCAUCCCCGCGGAGCUGAUCCAGCCGACGCGGCGCGUGGCGUCGAAGCAGGUGACUGAAGGCCACCUCUGGCCGGCGAGCUCCAAGAAUGCCGGCAGCGGCAGGGACAAGAGGCACCACCAUGAAGACGCCGACGAUGACUUUGAGGCCGCCUUCGAGGAGUUCAACGACGACUUUGACGUGCUUGAAGACGACGAGGAACACGUGGUGUUCUCCUCCAAAUCCGCCUUCUCCUCAGAAUGUUGUAAGGUGGGGAACGUUGGCAAGAACUGCAUGCAUGCUAGUGUAAUCUCAAGGGAAAGAACUCUUGGCUAUACAAUAGCCCACGACGACGGGCGCGCGGCGCGGGCAGCGGGGAGCCAUAACAAGCCAGGCCGCCGCCCCUUCCGCGGCAUCCGGCAGCGCCCCAGGGGCAAGUGGGCGGUGGAAAUCCGCGACCCGCAAAAGGGCACCCGCCUCUGGCUCGGCACCUUCAACACCGCCGAGGACGCCGCCCGGGCCUACGACGUCGAGGCCCGCCGCCUCCGCGGCAGCAAGGCCAAGCUCAACUUCCCCGGAGCACGCCGCGGCAACCCACGAACCGCGCCGAAACCGCAGCACCCUGCUGCAGCAGCAGCACAGCCCGCUCUGCUGCUUCCAGGAGAGAAGCAGAGGCAGGAAGGGAUUGCCGUGAAGCCUGAAGCUAUGGACUCCUUCGACGUGGGCAGCUUCUUCGACGUGACCUUCCCCACCUUCCCCGCCGCGCCGCCGGCCAUGGAGAGCUCCUUCGCCGGCAGUGGCGGUGGCUCCGCGCUAGAGCUCGCUCACGAGCUGGCGUUGGAUCCAUUUAUGUUACUGCAGAUGACCUACUCGGGCGGCUACGAGUACGAUUCCCUGGACGGCCUUUUCGCCGCAGAGGCCGUGCAGCAGGAAGUGAACACCGACAUGAACGGCGUCAGGCUGUGGAGCUUCGACGACUUCCCCGUCGACGGCUCUGUUUUCUGA